AUGGCCCCUUUAGCUUUUACUGAUCUGUGUGAGAUUUUAGUUAGAGAUGGAGGUCUUAGACCAACACUUCAAGUAACAAUUGAAAAACAAGUUGCAAAAACACUUAACUUGUUAGCAUAUAAUGUGACAAAUCGUGAGCUAUCUUUCAUCUUUCGACGGUCUGGAGAGUUUGCCAGUCGUCAUUUUCAUGUUGUCCUAAGAGUUAUCUUAGGGUUAUAUGAAAAAUUUAUCAAACAACCUGAUGGCUCUCAUGUUCCUUCUGAAAUUGCUAGCAAUCAAAGAUUCUACCCAUGUUUUAAGGAUUGUAUUGAUGCAAUUGAUGGAACACAUAUACGUAUUAAAGUUUCACAACAUGAAUCACCAAAAUAUCGUGGGAGGAAAGAUUAUCCAACUCAAAAUGUACUAGCUGCAUGUACAUUUGAUUUAAAAUUCACAUAUGUGUUAGCUGGGUGGGAAGGUACAACGUCUGAUUCAAGAAUCAUGAAAGAAGCACUAAAUAGCCAAGAUUCACUAAAAAUUCCAGAAGGAAAAUUCUACCUUGUUGAUGCUGGACUCAUAUUGAGAAGCGGGCUUAUUACACCUUAUCGAGAGGAGCAAUAUCACUUGAAAGAGUAUUCAAGAAAUUCACCACGAAAUUUUCAUGAAUUAUUUAAUUUGCGACAUGCUUCUUUGUGUAAUGCUAUAGAACGGGCAUUUGGAGUUCUUAAAAAGAGAUUCCCUAGAAUUUCUAGCUCAACUGAAUCAUCAUACGGAAUUGAAACCCAAAAGUUGAUUAUAUUUGUAUGUUGUCUCUUACACAACUAUUUAAGAGGUGCAAAUCCAAAUGAUGAGUUAAUCGCUCAAGCUGAUGCAGAGCUUAUGAAUAAUAACAACGUGCAUGAAGAAGCUCCAAAUUCUAGGGAGAGUAAUGAAAAAUUUAGAAUGGGGGAAUUGAUUCGAGAUGGCAUAGCAGCUGCCAUGUGGACUAAUAAUCAAGAUUAA